AUCCGCAUUUGCGCCUCCUGCCCUUCAGAGGAGUACAACCGGGUGGAGGCCAUUUGCAGCGAGCUCCAGAUCGGAAGGGCCUUUGGUAGAAAGGGAGAUUUUAUGGAAGAUACGGAUGGCGAAGGUUGGUUCGGAAAGUGGCAGAACCGAGUCUUGCAAUCCCUGGACCUUUUGCUGCAGCCUUAUGCACAGAAGACGGUCUUCGUCUCCCUCCACCUCUUGAUGAUCACUGAUGGUACCAGUCCACACUGUGCAAAGGAGCGAGAAAAGAUCGAGGAUCUCAAGACAAUUCUGAAACAGGAGAAAUGGCAAACCUUGUCAAAGUUCGAAGUGCAUGGCCAGCCGCUGAGCAUAGACGAGUUGACAAAGGAGUUGAUUCGUACCAAUCCGGCAAAGGAGACCGUUCAGGAUGCCUACGAGAAGUUCCUUGGCACAGGCUUCAGCGAGGGUCUGCACGUCCCUGCCUGGUCCUUCCACCUGAAGUCGCUUGCUUUGGACACUGAGCUGCAAGAUGUUCUUGGCAGGGCACAAUCACCCGGACCACCGUCACCGUCCUUGACUGAUCGUGGCUCCAUGGUUGGAUCAGCCUUGGCCGGGAUUAGAGAUGAGUGGGCUGUGGACCAGGAAGUGGACUUGACGUCCGAGCCGACACUGGCGAAGUGUCUGCCGGAGCUCGCAGAGACCAGAGAGCAGGCCAUCGGCCUGACGGCGUGGAAUGAGCAAGGGAAGACCCGUUUCCAACUCUUCAAGCGAUGGUACAGCGUGUCCGCGAUUUCGGAUGCUUCCCAGAGGUUGACAGAGCUGCAGGGCAUCUUCAAGGAGGCGAAGAAGGCGGAGUUGGAAGAGAAACUCCUCGAAGAAGUGGAAGCCAAACUGCAUGAGGAGGACAAAGAUCAGGACAGCAAUGCUCACGAGGAACUGCGCCCCGAGGAGAUGAUCUACUUGUUGCCGAAGGGUCGACCUGCGCGUGGCCUCCCGACGAAAGUCAGCUUCGAGGGGCGCAUCCUUCCUGGGGCGACGACUUGCUGGAUCUCUUUCCCUGCGAAGUAUGCAGCCUGCUGGGAUAUGUUGACCUGCGAGUCGCCACAAGAUUCCGUGGCCUGCAUCUUCCAAGCCCACGAGGACAAUGGUGAUGACAAGCUGGAGCCAGAUCCCGGUGGUGGAGAGAAGAGCAAGUGGCUCGAGAAGGUUCAGGAGGCUCUCGAGUACGGUCAACGCUUGAAAGUGGCCCUCCCACCCGGGCAGCUGGGCGCGACCCAGGAGAUGGAGAUGACAAAGGCCAAGGAGAUGGGCUGGAGUUACGAAGAGGUGGAUGUCUUCGACGUGCUGGAAGAGCAGUUUCCGAAAGGCCAACUAGUCGACGCUUGGUGCGAGGCCACGAAGUCCUGGCGGAGAGGCACCGUCGAGAAGCAGGAUCUUGUGGACACUGAGCAGCAGAAGGGUUCCGAUGACACCGUGCUGCGAUGGACUUUGCGAUGUCAGCUCACCAGGCAGACCUUCGACGCCUUUUGCGUUUGCAGCACUGCUGCGACCAUGAAGGCCAUGCUGGAUCAUGUCGGUGAUGUGAAGCUGCGCGGGAUCCUCAUGGAGUGCCUUCCGCACGUCGACGUGCUCGACAUCGGCACCCAUCGGCUUCGCCCAGACCUCGUGGCCCUGAGAGCCAAGGUGCAAAUCAAGUCCAUCGGAACCCUCCAGAAACUCAGAAAUCGAAUCCUCGAUGGCGAGCUCCAGCGAAGCAUCAACGCGCACCUCGCAGAUCCCCGCUGGGAGGUGGAAGUCAGCAAAUCCCACUUUAUGGAAAUGUACGAUGCCAGCCUCCGGGCGCUCGACAAGCUGACGUGUCACCAGAGAGAGCGUCUUAGUGCCAUGAGAGGCUUGGCCAUGGUGCACUUGUCGGCUCCUGCCGGUGCCGGGAAGACCUUCGUGGCUGUGGAGCGAGUGAUCGAUGCUCUGAAUCCUGGGGCUGAUGAGCCAGCUCCUCGCGUCCUGUAUGUAGCCGUUGACGUCGAGCUGAUCUACAACUUCGUCCAGUGGCUGGCUGUGCGCAUCGUCUCUCAGAAGAAGGGUUUGGAACUUCUUUCUACGUUGGUUGUCCUUUACAAGCCAUACAAGAAGCUCCUCCGGCUUCGUAUGCCCGUGCUGCAAGCUGGGAACAUCGAGUUCGACCCAGUAAUCAUGAACCACGACAAGAAUGACAAGUUCGAUCUCCUUGUCAUUGACGAGAGCCACAACAUGUACCAAGACGGGGUCGACCGCGGCAUUAUUGACGAUCUGCAUUGCAGCAAAAGGCUUCUACUGUCCGACAAUGCCCAGUCUUCGGCCGUGACAGCCACGUUUCCAGAGAUGGAGGAGGUCAAGCUGACAGAAGUGGUCCGGAGCACGAAGCAAAUCGUCCUGGGGGCUGCCUCGUUCCAAGUCAACGCCGAAGCUGCUGUGCCCGCGGGCACCGAUGGCCCACCAGUGAAGUCCUACAUCUUUCAGGCGUCGAAGGUCGAAGAUGAGCGGAUGAAACACUACGCCCGGCGUGUGAUGGAUGCCAUCCUGCAUGUCGACAACGUUUAUUCGGGGGUGAGCCUGCACAAGAGGCUUGCGCUCUUCGUUCCAGAUAGUCAGUUCCUGACGAUGCUGAAGAAGGCCUUGAGCCCGUUGUUGCGCGAGGAACUCCCGCAACGAAAGUUCCGUUUAGUCAAGCACGAGGAGUCCUUGCGCUCGCUGCCGGAGUGGCUUCGCAGUGCGGACAGGCCGAGCGCUGGGGAGCAGCAGAAGCACCGGCAGGAAGAGAUAGUCCUCGACACCAUCGAUAGGGUGGAUGGACUGGAGCAUCUCAUAGUGAUUUGUGUGGGCCUGGAU